AUAAAAUACUCUGGUUUCUCCAUGUGAGCCUGUAGAUGAAGAACUACUCGUAAUGAGCUAAUCAAGCACAGCUAUAAAUGCAAGCUGAGUCUAAUUAACACUGCGCGUUCCCGAUGGAUGCAGGACGUGACAGACCUGAGCUGGCCAGGAGCUAUGAGGGCCCAUCGCUGUCUGACUUCGACAGAGGCUUUUGUGCGGACCACAGUCUGUCUCUAUCAGCGGUUUCAGCCGAUGGCUUCCUGAGACCAAACAAAGGCAUUGUGCUGGAGUAUCCAGAGCCCAGCUGUGCUGUUGCACCCUGUCUGAACUACUCCACGAGCAUUUCAUCUCCUUUAGUUGCCCUCAACAGGAACGUCCUGUCUCCUGGCAGCAGCCUGAGCACAGCACUGGGCAGUCCAGUGCAAGGCAAGUCCUCCACGCCCUACGAGAGAAACCAGUGUCAGAAACCCGUCCUGGCCAGCUCGCUGGACCUUUCCACCGCCAGAUUUGACCGCCACUCACCCGUCGUGGGAAGUGUCCUUACCCGUCGUGUGAAGGCCGUAGUUGAGAGCCCAAAGUCAUGUCUGGAGUCCACAUGGAGUCCUAUUAACCUGUCGGCCCCCCCUGAGGCCUCUCUGGUGUCGUCAGGAAGGUCACCUCACCCGAACGUUUCAGAGGAGCUCCAGCGCUCGUGGAGGGAAAUGGUCCGGCAGGGAUCUAGUCAGGUUCCUGCAAUCCCAGAUCCCCGAGAGGGACAGAGCUCAUCUAACUUGGCCAUUUGACAGACACCAUAUUUGAGGCUUCUUACUGUGAUUCUUACUACUAAGAGAAAUGUAUUUAAUCAAAAAAUAAAGCGCGUUGAAAUGACUUGCAUUCAUUAAUGUCACAGAGUCUACUCAAACCGAUGUCUCUUUGAUUGAUCAAUAACAUGUUUCAGAAUGUGCAAUUACUUCAUCCACCGUGGAAAUGUGGGCCGAAGAAUACAGUGACAAUAGAGGGUGAAUAUAACUGAGACCGCAAGUGAAAAUGCUUCUAUAUUAAUCUCUGUCUGCUGCUGUGGUCCUGGGACUCUGGGGUGUUCAAUCCUGCUCUCUGAGGGCCAACGUCCCGCAGAUUUUAGCUCCAGCACACUUGCCUGGAAGUUUCUAGUGAGCCUGAAGCCUAUUAUUUUGAUCAGUUGUGUUUAAUUGGGGUUUAAGCUAAACUCCGCAGGACAGCGGGCCUCCAGGAACAGGUUUGGACAGCCCUGGCAUUUAGGUUCAGCUGACUGGCUCACAUCAACCUAGAAAUAAAAGGAUAUUUAGUGUAUACUGUACUUUCUCGAGGUCCUGCAUCAGUGAAACAUGAGAGCAUCACCUUUUUCAUUAAGUGCCGGAUUUUAUUUUAUUUUUUUUCAGUGACGUAAAGCAGUGCGUGAUCCAAAAUAUCAAUCUCAAACACGGGAUUUGGACCCCAAUGUGUAUGUAUACAAAUGCUCCAACGUGAGACAACUAAGCUCAUAUUUAUAUAAAAAAAAAAAAAAGAACCUUGUUACAAGAAAU